CACACUAUGGACGUGUAGAAGAAGUAGUUUGUCAGUCGCCCCAGUCUCCCCGGCCAGAAAGGUGUCUCCCCGGCCGUCGCCGCCGCCGCUAGCGACAAGUCUACCCCGAAGACACCCUCCCUGUGCCGGGUACCUUGACCAAACUUAUCCCCCUGUGAUACUAUCCCGCUUUUUUCGGCUAUGGCGACGAGCGCGAAGCGAAAGCAGGAGGAGACUCAUUUGAAGAUGCUCCGGGAAAUGACUAGCCUGCCCGCGAAUAGGAAAUGCUUCGACUGCGACCAGCGCGGCCCGACCUAUGUCAACAUGACAGUGGGCUCCUUCGUCUGUACCACCUGCUCUGGGAUCUUGCGAGGACUGAACCCCCCACACAGAGUGAAGUCCAUCUCUAUGACCACAUUCACACAUCAGGAAAUUGAGUUCCUACAGAAACACAGCAAUGAGGUCUGUAAACACAUCUGGUUGGGCCUCUAUGACGACAGGACAUUAGUUGUUCCAGAUUUCCGAGAACCACUGAAAGUAAAAGAGUUCCUCCAGGAAAAAUAUGAAAAGAAAAGAUGGUAUGUUCCUCCAGACCAGGCUAGGGCAGUAGCUAGUGUCCAGGCCUCUGUGUCUGGCUCCUCAGCCAGCAGCACCGGUAGUACCCCAGAAGUGCAACCCCUCAAGACCUUGCAGCUCAACAAGACCCCACUGCGUCAGUCUCCGGGGCUAGGUCGCUCCCAGGCUCACAGCGCUGCUCAGGAGAAAAAGUUUGACUUGCUCUCUGACCUGGGAGGAGACAUCUUUGCCGCUCCAGCCACUCAAUCUUCCACCUCUGCCAACUUUGCCAACUUUGCACAUUUCCCAAGCCAUUCAGCACCUCAGGGUAAUUCAGAUACCAACUUUGCCAACUUUGAGGCAUUUGGAAACACUGCAAUUCCAUCCCAUCUGAGCACGUCACCCCCCUCAAAGUCCUUUUCAUCAGGUGGAGGUGUGCCAAUCCCGUCAAUGUCUAGUGCCGUCCCCACCCAGUCCCAGACAGAGAGCCGCAGAGAGGAUCGAUACGCUGCUCUGGCUGAGUUGGACAACGAGCUCAGCUCCUCUAUUACCACAGCCAGCAAUGUGCCAGGGAACUUAUUUGGACCAGUGCUUGGUUCAUCGCCUGCCCAGAAUCCACCUGUGUUACCCAGCAUGCAGCAUGGCUUUGGAGCCGUCCCGUCCACAAAUCCCUUCGUUGCUGCAGCCGUUGCCCCGGAGAUGGCCACCAACCCUUUCCAGACCAAUGGCAGAGCUCCAGCUGCGGCCUCGUUUGGCACUGGCUCUAUGAGCAUGCCUGCCGGCUUUGGAAAUGCAUCUUCCUACUGCCUCCCGACCAGUUUCAGCGGAAACUUCCAGCAGCAAUUCCCUGGCCAGGCUCCCAUCCCUUACUCUCAACCCGGGGCCUACCACCCUCAGUCUAAUGGCCCUGCAUUCCCAGUCUACGGACAGAACAAGUCCUCCAUGACGCCCUUUGGGCAGCCCUUGGCUGGCCCUGGCAUGUCCAAUAACCCAUUCAUGGCGGGAGCCCCAGCCGGGUCAUUCCCUUCAGCGGGUUCUACCAACCCUUUCCUGUAGCACAACUCCCAGUCCUUGCCACCAGAGGGCAGCAUGCAGCACAUAUUCAACGCAUCCGUUCCAUCAUGCAAUUAGUGGCAGUACAGUCUUUUUUAAAAACACUAUUUUUUCUUUUUUUCAUAAAAAGAGGUUUACAACACUAUGAAGGAAUACAAAUGGCUAUAUUGGAGACUAAGGGACUGUUAUGCGGAGAGUGAAAAAUGUACUGUUUGGACUAUAUACAAUACAUUAUAUGCUUUUUAUUUUAUGUUUACAACUGUAAGCUCUGUGCAUAUCAUCAUAAUAUGUAAUCACAAUUAAGUACAUGUUAUGUAUAACAAGGACUGAGUUGACAAGGGUGAGUAUAUGCAUACCUUGUUGAAAAAA